GUCCACGUGGUUUUUCAGUUUGAGCCAAUCAGAAUGAAACUGCGUGGCCCAGGGUUCAAGGGUCACACACAAAAAUAAACCUGGAGACGCUGUCGUGUUGUCAGAGUGAGAAAAGGCAGACGUACCUCGGAUCAUGUUGCAGAGGGGUACAGUUCACCGAUGCUGGAUACUGAGCUUGUUGCUUCUCGUCUCCUGCAUUAUCUCCGCCAGUGCUCAGGACCCUGCUCACCCAGAUGUGGAGGUCACAGAGGGGCAUCGGCCCAAUAUCAGGCUGGACAGGGAAACGGUCCAGGAUAGAGCUCACAUUAUGGAGCAUUUAGACGGAGUUAUUGACAAGCCUGAGUCAGACAUGUCGCCCCAAGAGCUGCAGCUGCACUACUUUAAAAUGCACGACUACGAUGGCAACGACCUGCUGGACGGCUUGGAGCUGGCCACUGCUAUAACCCAUGUACACAGAGAGGAAGGAGGAGAAAAUAGCCAUCAAAUGAAUGAAGAGGAGCUUCUUAGUUUAAUAGAUGACGUGCUGAGAGAUGAUGACAAGAACAAUGAUGGAUAUAUUGAUUAUGCAGAGUUUGCAAAAUCGUUGGCGUGAAGAAAUAAAUUAAAAUGAGUAAGAGUGUAGGUUUUGAUGCAAUGCAUUAUGAAUCGCACAUUGCCCUUUAUGUAUUUCAAGCAGACAACUACUUCAAAGUCACCUAGGUUUAUUACAAGUCAGCUUUCAAAUUCUCUAAAUGUCAAAAUCCAAUAAAAUAUUUGGAAUAAAAAAGCUCUUUUAGUCUGGAGCUGAGCAUUACAGUAUCUUGAUACAUUUCCGGUUGGUUUCCCAGACCCUGAUUAGCACUAAUCUUGGACUUUCUGAGGUAAGGUAAUGCAAGAUUAGUGCUAGUCAGGGUCUGUGAAACCAGUCUCUAGUAUAUUUAAGGUUAUGACAAAGGCAGUUUUCUAACAGGAUUUGGGAUUCCGUCUCCACAGCACUGUAUUGGUUUAACAAUUAGAGGUCCUUAUGAACUGAGUGCACAUACUCUGUUUUAUAAUAGUAGCACAAUAUAUUGGCUGUGUGUUUGAAUACUGCCUGGGUUUUUAUACAUGUUUGAUAAAGCCAUAUUGACAGUUGAAACCAUUUGUAUACUUAAUUGUAAAAUAGAUUAACAAUACACUGUUUGUAAAAAAUAACAUUUAAUAGUAAGUUCUUAUAUCAAUUUUUAAAAUGAUAAUUUGGUGAAUUUGAACCAGAAUGUCAAAUAAACCCUACAUACUGUAUCUUUAUUUGCUACUGUGAAACACUUGUGCCUCUAAUCAUUUGUUAUAUAUAACCGUAAAUAGAACUAAUGAAUAUGCUGUCCCUGUUUUAUGACACUUAUUUUAAUAUAACACUUGCUUCCUCACUAAAGCAGUUUUGGGACAAUGUUACAGAAAACCUUCAGUGGUUGAGAGGGAGGCUCACAACUUCCAUGUUUUGUCACAAUACAAGGAAAAAUGUAAGUGAUUUAGUUUUAGUUUAAAAAAUAAUUUGCCAACAAGCUGUCUAGCAGAUAGUUAGUUAGGUGGAGCACUGUGGGGGAAAAAUGACUCCAUUCCCUGCCCUAAAUAUAAUGCACUAAACCCUAUUCCCAUGAACUAUGUAAACAAUGUUCUUCCUAAAGUCUGUUUUGUUUUCAUAGGUUAAAUACAAAUGGUAUUCACAACAUUGUUGUAUAGAGUUUACUAAAGAAAAACUGUUUGUGUGAAUAUACAUCAAAAUAGGGUUUAGAGGAAAAUAAUACGGUAUUUCUAACUGAGAAAUCACUAGGGCUCUGCUCUGCUCCACUCCAUUACACUUGACACUGUUCACACUAAUGAGAUUCUAACUUGGUACUUCAUGACAGCUGGUGGCACAAUCAUGCAACUGUGCUAUUAUGUUUAAUGUGAAUUCUAAAAAUAAAUUAAAAAAAUACAUAUAUUGAAAUACUACAUGUAUCUGCAAAAAUCCAAAAUAUCUUCAGCAGAAAAAAGAGGGACGAGUUUAUAUUAAAACAGAUGUCAGGACUGCCCAGUCCCUGACCACUUUCCGGCACCUCCUCAGGACUCACCUCUUCAGACAGCACCUGUAGAACUCCUCUUUUCCCUCUGGACACUUUAUCACUCUUCCUUAAUGUGUUUUACUUGCUCUUAUCUGCUCCCUAUUUUACUGUAUUUAAUCCUGUACUUUAGAGUACUGUAAUCUGUCACAAGUGUUAUUUAAUCUGUAGUAUUUUGUAUUUAAUUAUAUCCUGAUGUAACUAUAACUGACACUGUUAUCUGCUCUGUUAUUGAAUUGUAUUUUGUCAUAUACUUGUACUUGCUAGAACCAAAGUCAUUGUAUUUUAUCUUGCUCUUAAUUGUAUUAAUACUUAUACUGUGAUUCUUGAAA